CGGGUGCAGCGGAAGUGGCUCUGCGGGCUGCCGGAAGUAGGUGAUGGUGCUUGGUGGACCCGACCUGGUUGGGGACCUACCGCCUCCCCAUGCGGGCCCGGAGGGGGCCGUCCCACAAAGCCACCGACAGACGCCCUUCCAAGAAGCUGAAGUGUGAAAAGAGAAGUCUGGCAAAGUUACAGAUCCGGGGAGCUGACGUUUGCGGGAGCACCAGCCACGACCUCUUCUCAAAAGAGCCCCCUGAUCAACUCCGCUCAGAAGCAGCUUCGCCUGACGGCCAGACGAUGCUGCAGAGCGAAGGGCAGGUGAUUCCUAAGGCGCCCCAAGGAGUGCUGGGGGACCAGGCCGGCCCCUGUGCGGAACCUUUGGGGCCCAACGCCGACGGCUGCUUUCCGAAAGCUGACGGGGAGGCGCUUUUCCGUCCCUGCGUCCGGAGUGUGGAGGAGGAAGAGGAGGAGGAGGAAGGUGGAGAGGAGAGCUGCGAAGCUGCGUUGUCGGAUGACUCGGAGAUGGAACCCGAAGAGGUGCAGGGCCAGGUGAUUGAGCUGGACAACAGCGUCUUCUUGAACGAGGACAGCAACCAGCCCCUGCCGGUGGACCGUUUCUUCGGGAGCGUGGCCUUCAUGCAGGACCUGCCGGCCGCUCCUCUCGCACGGGCCACCGCCAACAGGCGAGAGUUUAGAAAGGCCCACUUUAUAGCCAAAGAUGACGACGAAGAGGAAGACGAGGAGGUUAUCUGAGGGCCGAGCGUAGCUCCGCCCCGACCCGCCGCUGUAACUGUUUCCGUGACGCAAUAAAGACUCACCGUCUCACCACUGUGGCAUCUCCUAGAGGUGUGUUUUCGUUCCUCAGAAAAGAAAACCCUCCCGGUCUGGUGCUCCGGUAACAGGCAAGGUCCAGGAGCCAAGAACGAGGGGAGAGGGCCCUCGUGCGAAAGCUGCCCAGCCCCUUGCUACAAUUGACUUCCCACGCUUGCCGUGGGAGAGGAGAUGCCUGUGGCGGCCGAAGGAGUGUGAGCUGCUUUUUCGGCUCGUUUUUUUUUUUGUUUUGGCCGGUGCUUUAUUGGACCCGGAAGCAAGCAGCCAGCUCGAUUCCUCUCCGUCAGCCUGCAGUGAGCAUUUGAUGCACACACAGUCCAAGGCAGCUUGCGGAACGGAGGGCUGGAAUACAUGGCCCACAACAUCUCGCAGGCUUUGGGGCACCUGGGGUCCCACCGACUUCUCCAAGAACUUUUGGGCACAGCAGAGAGCCUUUCCCCGUGUGGAUUAAGCGUGAGUUCACCUAAAACCCACCCCCAGCCCUUCUUUCCUGAGAAGCGGCGAUCCGUUUUGACAACAGCGUUUUUCGUAUUGCCGGUUGCAAGGCGGAAACCUGGAGAACUUUGGUAGAGCACGGAUGAAAGGAUAGAAUCUGAAUGCUGCCUGUUUGUCACUUGCCACACUGCCCAUGACCCAGGAGAACGCGCGCUCUGGAUUUCGUUUUUCCCUAACUCAGGGUGGCAGUUAGUCGAUUCGUGGGUGGCUCCCAAAUGCAUCCUUUGAAUUUGCAAGGGAUGGGGGGAUAAAAAAAAGCAGGAGGGAAGUAAUGCAAGGGGGUAAAGAAUGAAAUGCAGAAAUUGACGAGGGAGGUAAUGGGCUAGGCCAGGGAUUUUCAAAUUCUCCACUUUGAAGGAGAGCUUUUCCUGUCUCAGCAGGUCUGUGGUGGAACCACAGUAUGUCACAAAGCAUUCUGGGAAGUAAGAACAGCCGAAAAGCCCUGCUGGGUGAGAUCAAAGGUGCACCCUCUCAAACUUCCCCAACCUGGCGCCCUCCAGAUCUGUGGAACUACAAUACCCAUAACCUCCGCCCGACAGAUGUUUUUGGAGAUAUAUAUAUUUAAUUGACGUUUAAAUCAACCAGUAACUGAAGCUCUCUGGGUGUUGCACCAUACCUUAAAAACCGGAAAUGCAAACAUUUAAAAGCAAAGAAUAAAAAGGGUACCGAAUCAAACCAGCAGCCAAGAGUAAAACCAUUCCAGCACUUAAAAACGGCAGCAGAACGAAGCACUGAAAAACAGUUCUUAAAAUGGGACUACAACUCCCAUCACUGUUCACCAUUGGCCAUGCUAGUUGGGAAUGAUGGGAGUUGCAGCCCAACACAUCUGGAGGGCACCAGGUUGGGGAAAGCUGGUCCAAACGCAGCCUGCCACAUUCUUUCCCCAACCUUGAGGUAUGAGUGACGUCACGGGCAGUAACCAAUAGGCACUCAAAGCAGGUGAUUCCAAAGGGCUUCCAUCUCUGAAUUCCAAAAAGACCGGCCAUUUGAAUGUGGGGACAGCAGAACCCACCCAACCAAACAGUAUUGAUUUAUUUCCCGCUCUGUCCACAGGGUCUUACGUGCAGUAGCAGCGCAAGGAUUUGGGUGAACAGGUUGGGAAUGGGAGAAAGGCUAGAAGGUUUAAGAAAUCCUGCAUUUCAGGUUGCUAGGACCGGGCACUUUUUCGCACCCUCUGCUCUGGGGCCAUGAUGUUGCAGACCAGGCAUGAUUUAGGCAGGGGUGGUCCUUGAGAUGAUGUUGGACUCCACCACCCAUCUGCCACAGCCAGCAUGGCGUAUUAUUUACAUUUCUAUACCAUCCCCAUAGCCAAGUAGGCUUUUUAAAAGCCUCCACUGGCACUUCACCCCGCCCCCUGCUUCUUAGUCGUCUCUGUGACAUCAGCAGCCUUUGCCUCAACUCCCCGCCUUCCUCUCAGGCCUAUUUGCAUGGCUAGCAACCAACGAACCUCACACCGAUGAGAUGUUCACAGCUCACAAGACCUUUUACCAGUUUAUUUCAUGGCCCGAGCUACAGUUUGGGAGCUGCUGUCCCUAUUUAUGAGUUGGAGGGGGUAACGGAGGUUGGAUCCUUUCUCAGGGCAGUAAAGAGUUUUCUACAGCAGUGUUCAGAUUUCCAUUUGUACUUCUGGAUUUUAACAUUUGCACUAUUUUGCCUGUCGCCGACUCUCUUCCAAGCAUAGGUCCAGACAUCUGCAGAGAUUAUAAAAGCCUUUAUUAUUGUUUUUAAUAAAAUACAAAACUGCUUUAAUCCCUGAGUACCAA